GGAAGGAUGUGGGAAGGUAAAGAUAUAGCAACCCUUAGUUUCUGAAUGUACCAGAGCAAAACAUUUUUGGAACCAGUCAAGCUUCUAGAGGAGGGGAAAGGAGGAAGUAGACAAGCUAGAGUUAGAAAAGUUUGCAUCUUAUUAAAAGGAAGAGGCAAAGGGAAAAACAAAGAAUUACCAUCUUCAGCAUAAAAACUCUAUGACAAAAGAAUUAUUGAAGCACAUAAUUCUACAAGAAUCAGAAGAACUGACCAGAAGAAUAAAAUGUACUGUUGAAGAGAAGCAUAUAUCAGCUAUUCAGAGCUAUUUCUGCAAGGUCAUCAUCCAGGGACCUCAAUCCAGGCUUAGAUCUAUCUAUGUGCCAGAGGAAUUCAAUCAAAAAGGAAUUCCCUUCUCCUGAAGACCAUCAAAGGUACCAGUCUGUCCAGUUGCAACUUUCUCCAUACAACUGAGCAUCAGACCAAAAGGCCUAGGGCACCGAGAGUUUAAAUGGUUUCUCCAGGAUCACAUAGCCAUUAUAUAUCAGAGAUGGAACUUGAAUCCAGGUCUUUCUGACUCUUUGGCUGCCUCUCUAUGCCCAAUAAGAACUUGGCUGAAUUAAUGUAUCAUGUCAAACACUGACACAAAAAUGGAGGAAACUAAAAGCCUCAGUCUGGAAGAGGAUUUUGAAGGACAGGCCACACACACAGGCCCCAAAGGAGUUAUCAACGAUUGGAGAAAGUUUAAGUUGGAAAGCGAAGAUGAUGAUUCCAUCCCACCUAACAAGAAGGAAAUUCUCAGACAAAUGUCUUCUCCUCAAUGUCGCGAUGAUAAAGACACAAAAGAAAGACUCAGCAGAAAGAUGAGUGUGCAAGAGUAUGAACUCAUCCACCAGGACAAAGAGGAUGAAGACUGUCUCCGUAAAUAUCGUAAGCAAUGCAUGCAAGACAUGCACCAGAAGCUGAGCUUUGGGCCCCGGUAUGGGGUUGUAAUUGAGCUGGAGAGUGGAGAGCAGUUCUUGGAAGCCAUUAAAAAGGAACAGAAGAUCACCACGGUCAUCGUUCACAUCUAUGAAGAUGAUAUCAAGGGCUGUGAGGCCUUGAACAAUAGCUUAAAGUGCCUUGCUGUAGAAUACUCCAUGGUAAAAUUUUGUAAAAUCAAAGCUUCUAACACAGGUGCUGGGGAUCGCUUCUCCUCAGAUGUGCUUCCAACAUUGCUGGUCUACAAAGGUGGGGAGCUUAUCAGCAAUUUCAUUAGUGUCACUGAGCACUUUGCUGAAGAUUUUUUUGCUGUGGAUGUUGAGUGUUUUCUUAAUGAGUAUGGGUUACUUCCCGAAAGGGAGAUCCAUGCACUAGAGCAGGCCAGCAUGGAAGAUGAAGAUAUUGAGUAAUUUGAGGUAUGAUAUUUCAAUAUCUCAAAUUUCUCCUUUUUGUAUUACAAAAAGAUCUUUUUCUUUCUUUUUUCUUUUUUUUUAGGAAAAUGUGUACAUGGUAAUUGCUACUCUAACAUGUAAAAACCUAACACAAUAAGUAAGUAAGCUGGAUUAUGUGGAUUUCUUAGCUUUAAACAUGUCAGCUUUCUUUUCAAAUCAAUAAGAUUACCCCUUUACUAUGUGUGUUAGGAUGUAGCCGUCAGCAACGUUAUAGACAGAUUAAGAGAGAACUAAUGAUAUUUUAACACUUUGGACAGAAUCAAUUUUCCUUUUCUGAAUUAAAAAAAAAAAGCUCUGGCCUUUUUUUCUUUGGUUCUGUUCUCAGGAUUACUGUUUGAAAACUAAUUAUAUUCUACUUAUGUAAUACUAAUAAAGCUACAAGAGUAAAUAUUUUUUUCUUUGUGAAA